GUUUUUGUCUGAAUUCCAUGGCAGAUUAAGGUCUCUUCCAUUUCUCUUCGUAUAUUUUCUAGGGUUAACCUUUCUCUCUCUUCUCUCUCAAAAAAUGCUCGAGAAUGCAUGUACAUUCCUUCGCCUCGUAGGACACCGCCAAGGCAACCUAUGUGAAUGGGUUUGAUUUGAGGGGUAGAAAUUCAUCUAAUUUGACUGAAUUUCGUGAUAUUGGAACACAUCUUCUUUGACAGAUCUGUUUUGAGUAAUCUCUUCUGGCCUUUGAGGCCUUUUGAUGAUAUGCCUUCUUCGGAGAAUGAGAGCCCUUCUGUGCAUUUUGCCUCUAUUCGCAGAGCGAUUCAGAAUAUACGCAGUGAUCAGGUUCACGCGACUGAUACGAACAAUAACGAACCUCAAGUUCGCAAUUCAGAGCUAGAAUUGUUUCAGAAACAGGCUCAUGACAGAUUUCACAACCUUUCGAAUGCCAAUGCUAAUGAAUUCCUUUCAGCUGCCUGGACUCAAAAGCUGCUCGAUGCUUUCCUCGCCUGUCAAGAGGAUUUCAGGGUGAUAUUAUCGGACAACAGGACUCGACUUUCGAAGCCUCCACUGGACAGAAUUCUCUCUGAUUUCUUUGAGAAGAGUAUAAAAGCACUCGACAUUUGCAAUGCCACACGCGAUGGUAUUGAGAAGAUCCGGAUGUGGCAAAAACACUUGGAAAUUGUUAUCUGCGCUUUGGACUGUAAAGAAAAGAUGAUCAGCGAAGGGCAGUUGAGGCGAGCCCGGAAAUCCCUAAUGGAGGUAGCCAUUCUGAUGCUCGACGAUAAGGAACGAGGCUCCUCUCUCUUUUCCAACAGAAACAAGUCUUUCGGCCAAUACAGUACCGGGAAAGACAACAACAGCAACAACCGUCGUCAGUCGUCAGGCCACACACGAUCGCUGUCGUGGAGCGUUUCGCAUUCAUGGUCUGCCGCCAAGCAGCUCCAGGCUAUGGCGAGCAGCCUGGUCCCUCCGCGAGCGAACGAAGUCGCUGCCACCAACGGGCUGGCGGUGCCUGUCUACGCUGCCAGCUCGAUCCUGAUGUUUGUCAUGUGGACGCUUGUGGCCGCGAUCCCUUGCCAGGAUCGAGGCCUGCAGGCGCAUUUCUCGAUCCCUCGUCAGUUCGCGUGGGCCACUCCGUUGCUUCUUCUUCACGAUCAGGUCAUGGAGGAAUCGAAGAAAAGGGAGAAUAAGAACUCGAGCGGGUUGUUGAAGGAAGUUGUGGAGCUGGUGAAAUGCAUACAGUAUAUGAUUGAUUUGCUUGAACAGGUGCAGUUUCCAAUAACCAAUUUGCAGAGCGAAGAGGUUGAGAUGGGAGUUAACGAACUCGACCGGGCCUUCCGUGCUUGUAAGGAUUGUGUCGAUCCACUAGAGCGUCGGUUAAGGGAAGUUUUUAGGAAGAUCAUGAGUUGUCGAACCGAGGGACUCGAGCUCUUGAACAGAACAAAUGCAACCACCAGCUAGUUUAUGAGGUAAAUGUCUUUAUGUCUUUGUGUUUUGUGUCUUCACUUAUAAUAUACCAUUUUCCAGCUUUAUUUUUUUUAAUUUUUUUGGUUUGCUCACAAAGUUUAUACUUACUUUCACAUAUAGAGAAUUAUAUGUUUGUACAUUGGUUGGCGUUUUGGGAUAAUUCUAUGUUUAUUUGUAGAAUCAUUUAUAAUCUUU